AUGAUAUCACUUUAUGCAACUGUCAAUGUUCAUCUAUACAUUGAAUCAUUACGUGUGAUUGAUUUAAUUAGAAGAGGAGAGAUUGAUGGAUUACAUGCAACACCAUUACCACUAGUAUCAGAAAAGUUUGGUGAACCAAGUCAUAAUAUCAAACGACCAGAGAUUCAACUACCCAACUAUUGUUCAAAGCAUUUCUUUGUUGGUUAUUUUAAAGAGAAUAUCAUCAUUCAGAAUAGUUGUAUCUUUCAAAUAGACCUUCCAUUAGAGAAUCUAAUGAAUCAAAAUGUAUUAAUAGAAUUUGAAUUAAUUCAACAUAAUGAACAAGAUGGAGCAACAGAAGAGAUUGUACCAGAGAAAAUAGUUAGUCAUCAAAAAUUAAGAAUUAAUAGAGCGGCAAGAGGAACACAACAAUAUUAUCCAGUUAUAUUUGGUGAUUGGUAUUUCUCAAUUUUAAAGGUACUAGUCAAUACUACCAUUACCAAUGUUGGCUAUAAAUUGAAUUUACCUUCAAUUGUUGAAAAGGAUUUAUCUACGACAACGACGACGGCAACGACGACCCAUCAUUCUACUACAGCUUCAGUAUCAUUUUCAUCAAAAUCACCAAGAUCAUCUAAAAGAUUAUCUGGAUCAAAUUCAGGUAGUCAUUCAACUCCAUCAUCACCAAAUUCAUCAACUAUUCAUAUUAAUAGUACAAGUAAAUCAACAUCAUCAUUACCUAGUAUACUACCAUUUGAUGAAGAUAUAGAUAAUCUUUUAUCUUCAAAAUAUCAACAAGUUCAAUCUUCAUUGGUAGAAUCUUAUUGUCGACUAGUUGAAAGGUACAAACAAUUAUUACUACUUUUAAAACAGUCUCAGGUAGUUCAAUUGGGUGAACUUGUCAAUGUACCAGCACUCAACAUUCCUCCUUUGGUUUCUUGGACUUGGAAACCUGCUCACAUUAUCAAAACAAAUUCUUCCCCAUCUUUAAAUAGUUUAGAAACUAAUAAUAAUAAUAAUAACACAAGUACUAUUAAUUCUUCAAAUAAUAAUAAUAAUAAUAAUAAUAUUUCAAAAAGAAAAUCUUAUAUCAAGACGACAACAGGAGUAUUAAUGGAUAAACAUUAUGAAGAUGAAGAAAGUAGUUUUAGUAGUUUUAGUUCAUUUAGUAAUGGUAGUAAUAGUAGUAGUGGAUAUAAUAGUUUAUCAAGUGUAUCAAGUUAUGAAAGUACAGGAUUAAAUUGUAGUGUUGGUAGUUAUGAAAGUUUAUCAAAAUCUCCAACAUCUUCAUCUCCAAAUAUUAGUUCAAGUGCCGACUCUUUACCAACUUGUAAUAGUAAUAGUAAUAGUAAUAGUUUAUUAUCUCCUCCUUUUGAACAACCAAUGUGGAAAAAAAUGAUAAAUAAUUUCCAAAACAUUUGUCAACAAAUUUCAUAUCUUUGGGAAUCAUUUUGUAAAAUAUUUGCAAUGGUCAGUCGAGAACAUUGCUUUAAACAUGCCAUUCAAUUUGAAAACAAAUGUAUCAAAAAAUGGGAUCAUCGAAUUCAAAGAAUGACAUUACAUAUUCAAGAUAUUCAAGAUAUUUUAUUAUUAUCUGAUAAUUCGAAUAAUUCAAUAUCACAAUUUUCAUCAAUAUAUUUCCAAUUUAAACCAUUUAAAGUUGAAAAUAUACCAAUUAAAUUGGAUAUGGUAUAUGAUUCAUUACCAAUAUUUUAUGAACAAAAGAUAAAGUUUCAUCAAACCCCUACUAGACCAGUUGCAGAAGCAGACCUUUUACCUUUGGCUCAACCUGCAUUGCUGGUCAGUUCAUUUGAACAAAAUCGUUUGGAUGAACAGAUUACAGAGGAAUUAAACAACAAACAUCUAAGUAUAACCAAAAAGUUUAUGUUGCAAAUUACUAGUAAUCCAGGUCGACAUUUAUUUGUAUUUGUUCAUGGAUUGUCUGGCAAUUCAUACGAUUUGCGAACAUUUAAAAAUUACUUUACCAUUCAUUUUCCAAACGCACUCUAUCUCAUUUGCUCGUCGAUCGAGGAAAACACGCUCCUCGACAUUCAACAGUUGGGUGAAAAGAUUGCACUCGAGGUCAAUCGAUUCCUUCACGAAAACAGUUUAUUCCAAAUCACCAAAAUCAGUUUUGUAUGUCACUCCUUGGGAGGUAUUGUAGUAAGAAGUGCUCUUACAUCGCAACACCUCAAGGAGCAUUUGCCCAAACUCCACAGCUACGUUUCUCUCUCGUCGCCUCAUUUAGGCGUCAAGUUUUACUCUGGAACCAUCGUGCCAUCAGCUCUCUGGCUUUGGCAAAAGUUCUCUAGUUCCACUUGUCUCAAGCAACUCUUGAUGCAAGAUGCCAGUCAACUCCAUGACACCUUUCUCUACAAACUCUCUCAAUCCCCUACCCUACAACAUUUCAAAUACGUCUUUUUAAUUAGUUCAGAACAAGAUGGUUACGUUCCCUAUCAUUCAGCUAGAAUUGAAUUACCAAAAGAAUCAAUUAAAGAUUUUAAAAAUACUACUCAAAAAAAUAUUCUAACACAAAUGAUUAAAAAUUUAAUGGGAGAUAUUCAAGGUAGAAAAGUAGAAUAUAGUGUACAUAAUCAACCAAUAGAAUCAAUUAUUAAACUCAAUUAUAAUAAAGACAAUAGGAGAUUAAUUAGAGUUAUCAUGACAAAAGGAAAGAAACCAACAAAUCAAAAGGGAGCACCUGUUAAAGGAUUUACUCUUCAAGAACCAGAGGAAUUCACUCAAAUCGAGAGAGAGUAUCAAUCAAAGAGAGAUGAAAAGGCUAAAAAGGAGCAAGAAGUAAAGGAUAAAAAGGAAAAGGAGUUGCGUGCCAUCGAACAAGAUAGAUUGGACAAGUUGGAAAGAGAAAGAAAGUUAAAAGAACAACAAGAACAAGAGGAAGAAGAAGCGAGACAAAAGGAGCAAAUUGCAGUGGACAAAAAGAAACAACAAGAACAAGAGCAAGAACAAAAACUAAAGGAACAAAAGGAACAAAAGGAACAACAACAACAAGAAGUUGCUAGUACUGCCACUCAUCAAGAAAUCCCAGUUCAUAUAGUUGAAAGAUUGUCACCAUCUGAAACCUCCAAAUCCGUUCCAACCGCUGUUGAGGUCUCAUCUCCAUCGACUGCCUCCAGCGGCGGUCAAAAGCAAUCAAAGUCUGUAAAGAGAAAGCACUCUACUCAAGGAUCCUCCACUCCAACCACCUUUGAGAUUAUCGAACCAACCGAUUUCUCCAAACCAGUUCCCAUCAAGGAAUGGAGUGCCGACACUUCUAUCAACCUCAAAUCAAAGCCAAAGAAGAAAAAGAGUAAGCCCAAAAAAAAUACCAAUGGUACUCCAGUAUCUUCACCAGCUCCAACCCAUAUCCCACCUGAAGCUCUUAAAAUUGAAACUCCACCAACUACUUCUAUUGUCAAUAGCGCUCCAACCACUAAACCAGUAGCAGCAGUAGCAGUAGCACCAAUCCAAAAGGAUACCAAGAUUACCAUCAAUCCUUCAAAAACAACUACCAACAAUAACAAUAAUAAUAAUAACAAUAAUAAUAAUAAUAACAAGACAAUUCCAAAGGUUGUAUCGCCACAAACUUCAUCUGUCAACAAAAAGGUAUCUUCGCCAAAACCAGAAAAGAAAUCACCAAAGCAACAAUCUGCUCCAAAGGGAUUUACCAUUAUUGAACCAACUUUUGGUGAUAAAAAAUCAACUACCACUACUACUACAACAACUACUGCACCAGUUGCCGUUGUUGCUGCUGCACCAGUUGCAGUUGCUGCUGCUCCAGUAGUUGUCGCUGUCGCUGCCAAAUCUUCAAGUGCCAAAUCUCCAUCUACCCUCGUAAAGAAGGCUAAAAAGGGUAAAAAGGCUACUCCCAAAAAGGAUAGUGAUAUUGAUAAAAUCCUUAGCCAAUUGAAUGAUCCAAACUUUAAGGUUACUGAAACCAUACCAUCUAUUGAUAUUGCAAAGGAAUCAAAGAAAAAGGCUACUCAAGAUAACAAUAAUAACAAAGCUGUUGAUGAUGAAAAGAAGAAAAAGGCUGCCAAGGAAGAACAAGAUCGUAUUGCAAAGGAAAAGGCUCAAAAAGAAAAAGAAAGAUUAGAAAAUGAAAAGAAAGAAAAGGCUGCCAAGGAUCAACAAGCAAAGGAAAAGGCUGACAAUGAAGAAAAGGAUCGUCUUGCAAAGGAAAAGUCAGACAAGGCAGAACAAGAUCGCAUUGCCAAGGAAAAGUCUGACAAAGAAGAAAAGGAUCGUCUUGCAAAGGAGAAGGCCGCAAAUGAUGAACAAGCUCGUAUUGCAAAGGAAAAGUCUGUCAAGGAUGAGCAAGACCGUAUUGCAAAGGAAAAGUCAGACAAGGAAGAACAAGACCGUGUUGCCAAGGAGAGGGCAGCAAAUGAUGAACAAGCUCGUAUUGCAAAGGAAAAGUCAGACAAGUCAGAACAAGAUCGUAUUGCUAAAGAAAAGGAAGAACAAGCUCGUCUUGCAAAGGAAAAGGCAGACAAGGAUGAGCAAGAUCGUCUUGCCAAGGAAAAGGCAGACAAGGAAGAACAAGCUCGUCUUGCAAAGGAAAAGUCAGACAAGGAAGAACAAGAUCGUAUUGCCAAGGAAGAACAAGCUCGCAUUGCCAAGGAAAAAUCUGACAAGGAAGAACAAGAUCGUAUUGCAAAGGAAAAGGCAGACAAGGAAGAACAAGAUCGUAUUGCAAAAGAAAAGUCAGACAAGGAAGAACAAGAUCGUAUUGCCAAGGAAGAAGAAGAAAAGAACCAUCAAACACUCAAACAUCUUACACUUUCACGUCCAAAGAAAUCAACCACCAAAUCCACUGGAACCACAGAAACAGAAUCCGAAAAUCAAGAACCAGCCAAGGUUGAAGAACCAACCAAAGUUGAAGAACCAGUCAAAGUUGAAGAACCAGUCAAGGUUGAAGAACCAACCAAAGUUGAAGAACCAGUCAAGGUUGAAGAACCAAUCAAAGUUGAAGAAUCAGCACCAACAUUCAAACCAGUUGGAGGUGUAAAUAUCUUUGGAGAUACCAAAAUCGUUCCAACCACUGCCGUUCUUAAAAAGGCACCAUCCAAUCCAAAGCUUGAUCAACCAAAGCCAGUUGAUGAAGCCAAACCAUUUGAUUUCAGAUCAGUACUCAAAUCUACUUCAUCAGAGAAACUUUUAGAUGCCAAACUCCCAGCCAAAUCUGAGCCAGUUGCUGCCAAACCAGAACCAGUUGUCACCAAACCAGAACCAGUUGCUGCUACUCCAGCCCCAGCUUCUGCCUCUUCUGAUGCUGCCCCAACUAAAUACUACUCAUACGCUGACAUUAAAGCUAAAAAGACUGAACUUGGUUUAGUACCAACCAAACUUGAAACCUAUUUGGAUGAUGAAGAAUUCAAGACUGUAAUGAAAGUUUCAAGAGAAGAGUUUGCUAAAAUGCCAGCUUGGAAGCAAACCACCAAAAAGAAGGAUGCUGGACUUUAUUAA